CUGCUGCGCAAGGACAUGUGCCACUGGUCCAAGGGCAUGCAGAUCCGCUACAACCUGAGCCACCUGGAGCAGUGGACGCGCGACAUGCGGCUGCACGAGGCGGGCGUCACGGACACGCUGGCGCCCAUCAUCCAGGCGGCGCAGCUGCUGCAGGCGCGCAAGACGGACGACGACGUGAACUCCAUCUGCGACAUGUGCGACAAGCUGUCCGUCUCGCAGAUCAUCAAGAUUUUGAACCUGUACACUCCGGCGGAUGAAUUUGAAGAGAGAGUCCCUAUCUCCUUCAUCCACAAGAUCCAGAAUAAGUUGCAGGAACGAGCGGAGGGUGAACAAGCGCAGGCAACACUAUUGAUGAACACCAAAUUUGCCUUCCCUGUCCGGUUCCCAUUCAACCCAUCCAGUAUUCACUUGGAAGAUAUUGAGCUUCCAGAAUCUCUCAACCUCGUUAUGUUGAAGAAGGUCUAAAAGAACCCCCAGUCACCAACUCCACACACAUGAGAAUGAAACAACCUGAUGGAAAAAUAAAGGCUUUUACUUUGUCCUUUCCAAGUCAAUCCAGCAUGGUUGUUUGAGAUGCUGAGGUUGUAGGGAGAGGAGAUAAGAAACAAAGGGUUUCCCAGUAAGUGUGUGAAGUCUGGGAUGGAGUCCGGCCCUGUUGCAUGGUCUGUUUUGAUGGCUGAGACUGCUUAAAGGCAAGGAACUCAGGGUGGGACAGCCCUUUUUUUCCAGAUCCAUGCUGAGUCAGGGCCACCAAGGGCUGGAUUUUGAAACUUGUUAAGAGUUUCAGGUAUAGUUUCCAAAAUUUAAAAACCAGAUAGUAGCUCAAUAGCAUUUACAUGCAGUACUUAAACCUGAAGGCUUUCAGAAUGGUUACAUUUGUACUAUGGCUUUUGUUGUACAUGUAAUGUAAUGAAGAGGAAAGAAAAAAAAGUGAAUUAGUUCUGGUUAUUACAGCCUUGCUUAUAAUCAGUUUGACUUUUGGUUGAGACAUAUCUGGCAGUAUGGAUGGUUGUAUGGGUGGGCUUUCCGAUGCUUGACAUUUGUUUGUAUUAUAUAGAUUUCUCUUUCUCUGUGUCCAGAAACAGGAUUAACUCACCCCAACAAAAGAAAAUAUUGGUAUUAAACCCCCCAAAAUAUAUCCUACUGCAGCCUUAGAAUUAAAAAAAAAAGUAUUUUUGUUUAUACAUGUAAUUUUUAAACCGGUAAAAACCUCCUCAUAAGAGUUGCAUGGACACCCCACUUUGGGCGACUCAAGGAAAGAUAAAAAGGAAAUACUAUAUGAUAUAUACAUUCCAUGAGCAUAUUCCAGUGAUAAAUAGCAUUCCUGUAUUUAGGACCAGUCACAGUACCUAAGACAGCACCAUUGUAUAUUUACUUUGUGCAGCACGAAGCAGCAAAGAGCAGUUACUGUGUGUAUAACUGUUUUAACUUUGGUUCUAGUGUGUUGUAAACAGUUGAUGCUGUAGCACUCUAAACACAUUCCAUGACCUCUAGUUGAACAUUACUGUAGUGUAAUAUAUGGUUAAUAGUGUUAUUUAUUUAUUGUAUAGAUGUUCAGAGUUUAACAUAUGGCAUAGUUCAUAUAUUGUAAGAUUCCAUAGACUAUCCUGAUAUCAGAAGGAGAGAAGAAAGUGGAUGAAUUGGUUUAUGGUGUAAUUAUUGACAUUUAUUUUAUGAUUAAUAGGGGUAUUAUUAUUAUUAUUAUUGUUAUUAUUAUUAUUAUUAUUAUUAUUAUUUUUAUUGUAAUCAUUAUUAUUGUUAUUAUUAUCAUAAAUCAUCAUUAAUACUAUUAUUGUUAUUCUUGUUAUUAUUAUUAUAACAUUUUUAUUCUGAUCAUCAUUGAAACUUCAGCCAAUAACUUUAAUUAACAUGACUAAUAUGUUUAUUUUUAUACAUUUUUAUUUUCUUGUACUUAAUUAAAUUACAGUACAUUCCAUAGGGAUCUGUUGGUCAUAAUUUCAAUGGCUAAUAAUAAGAUGUCAUUUUCUGCAUCUCAUUUAGUCCAAAAUUUGCAUUGCUUGGCAUACAAAGUUUUUGUUGCAUACCUCAAAUAUUUUUACAGUAAGUGCAUAGGAAAAGAAAACUUUUUUAUGUAAACACAUAAUCAACAUUGGGCAAAAACUCCCGUGAAGCCCCACCCAAAAUCCCAAGUUCUCAAGUUUUGCAUGCUUUGUGUAUAUAUCAUACAUUUUCUGGAAGGGUGAAUAUUCUAGCAUUUAGGGUACCCCACAAGGGCUGUUAUUUGGUUUCAAAGAGGUUUGGAUGCUAACUUCGGCUUUUGAAUACUGUCAUUUUGCCGGGCUGUGGUAGGUAGUGGCAGAGGUAGUUUGACAGAUUUUGACCCCAGGUUAGGAAGCCAUCUGAGAAAUGAGAACACCUUUAGUAUUCGGGUACUAUCACCCUGUACAGUAUCAUAUGCACGAUUAGCAUCAUCACAUGCUUGUAUACUGGUUCAGGUGUACAAUGUGACCAUAGUUAACUCUAUAUUAACUUGUGUGGUGCAGAAGCUAUUAUGUAGCUUUACUUUCAUGGUUCUGUAUAGCAGAUGCUGGCUGCUAUUAUUAUUAUAAUUAUAAUUAUUUAUGCUUCAAUUAUUGUUUUUGAUUAUUAUGAAUUAUGAUUCAUUAUUAUUAUGAUUACUACUAGGUUUUGAGGCCUUUUUUUAUACCAUUUUUUAUGUUUGCCAGUUUGCCCAGAUAAAUGAAAAAAAAUUCUUGAUCAGUGCCAGGUACUCCUUGGUGGGGAUGAUACAGGCCUCAGUGACUUAAUUUUGAGUAGUGACAUAAGUUAUUGAGAUAUUUAUUUGUGGUUUCUGACACUGCAGAGUAGGUGCCACUUUGAAGUUUUUUUUUAUUGUACGGAAAGAGAUGACAGUUACUUUUUGCACAGCAAGGACAGGUAACUGAGGUGCCACAUAGAUUGUUUGUGAAGAAAUGAUAACUUUGUAAUGAAAUUUGUGAUCAUGGCCGACAUAUUUAUUGAAUUUAAAGUCACUGGUUUGAAUUGAAGAUCAUCUGUUUUGUAUUUUAAUCCUUUUUUUCUUUUAUAUGCAUAAUGUAAACAUGGUAUAAAUCAUUAUGUCACAGAAUGCUUGGUUGAUUUUUUUUUCUUUUUUUUGUAGUGCAUACAAGUAUAUUAUGAUAUUUUUGUUCUGUAAGCUUCCUUUUAAAUGUAUUUUGUAUGAUAAAAAUGUAGAAAUGCAAAAGGCUGUUUUCAGUGUGUUUUUAUUUCUGCUGAAUGAUUUUCAUUGUAUAUAGGUAAGAUCUGAUUUUCACCAGUGUUAACUUUAUUGUGUGUUGCCUUGUGAUUAAGAAAAGAAUGUUGAUUCAAAGUAAAUAAAUGCAGACAUGUUA